AUGGAACCGAGACGAGUUCGGAGUUCUCAACACAAGCCAAAGCGGAUCUUCAUUUGCUGCGAUGGGACAUGGGUGAACUCUCUAGGCCCAAAGGACGAGCCUCCAUCUAAUGUAACAAAGCUGUCCCGAAGCCUUAAGCGAGUCUGUGAAGAUGGGACUAGUCAGAUUAUUAUGUACUCUCCAGGUGUGGGAACCGGCCCUUCCAAGCUGGACAUGCUUACGGGUGGUGCUUUUGGAGAAGGACUAGACCAAGACAUCCGUGAAUGUUAUAAUUUCGCCUGUGCCAACUACGUCGACGGAGACUCAAUCAUCCUAGUCGGUUUCUCGAGAGGGGCUUUCACGGCCCGCUCAGUAGCGGACUUGAUCGCGUCGGUCGGGUUGCUGACUACAGAAGGCAUGGACAAUUUCUAUCCCAUCUUCGAGGAUUACGAGCACAUAGGCGAUGAGAAACGAUCUGCGAGCGAGUUUCUGUUUCACGACCUGGUCCCAUACCAUGGCGAGAAAGGCAAGGCCAAGAUCCUCUGGGAGAAUGAACGCAAGGAGCAGUACAAGAAGUGGUUGAAAACAAAAUCGUGGACCCGUGACACUUACCAGAACAAUUCGACCGAGAUCAGAAUCAAAGCCAUUGCAGUUUGGGACACAGUCGGCUCACUAGGAAUCCCACCUGCUCCCGUAUUCGGCAUCCGAGGUUCGGCUAAGCAGUGGAAGUUCACGAGCACCCACGUCUCCAGGAAGGUAGAGAACGCCUUCCAGGCUCUCUCGCUGGAUGAGCCCAGAGCUGCCUUUCGCCCUGCACUCUGGGAACGUCUUGAGUGCAACAAUGUGACAAACCUGAAGCAGGUAUGGUUUCCAGGGAACCACGGUGACGUUGGAGGUGGCUGGUACGACCAGCAAAUAGCAAAUAUUUCCCUCGCGUGGAUUUGCGAUCAACUAAGCACUCUCGGCAUCGAAUUCAACCCUCGCCGCCUCACACGCACCUUCAUCGACGGCCUGCGCUACAACGCGGCCCAUCCUUACCCAUACGUACCUCCGCCAACAGUCUUGAUGCCCGAUUUCAUCUGGAAGUCACUCCUGCACCACAGACACCCGCCUCCUAAGCCAUGGGCCUCGUCACCAGCCGUCUGCCCUCCCCCCGCCAAGAACGAAACGAGAGACACAGCCAAUUGCACAGGCAAGGACCAUCACCAAGACGGAAGCCCGCAAGCCUUAUGGGCCAUCGGGCCCCCUCGACCCUGGGGCCUGGGGCAGACCCGCUACCCGGACAGCUGGCUGCAGCUCGCGACGGGGACGAUCGUCCGCCACCCAGGCUGCUUCAUGCGUGCCGACCCAGAAACCAACCUUGACACGGACGAGCCCCUUGUGAACACCGAAGAGCGGAUUCACAGCUGCGUGCGCGUACGGCUCGUAUGCGAGGGUCUGGGGAUGGACGACCGUAGCGUGUGGUCGUGCCCUUCGCUGCUGCAAGAUGAUAGCGGCCACGGCAGGCCGGUCUGGAGGCCCGAGAAGGCAAGUGCUGCCGCCGUCGAGCGGGCGACUGGGCCGCAAGGGGUAUGGUGGGAGGAGGAGCUUGAGAGGACGGGGAUGGGUUAUGAUGAGAACUGGCUGUACAGGUUUCAGAGGGGAGACGGACAGUGGCAGUGGGUGUUUCAACAAGACGCUGAGGUGAAGACUGGGACUGGGACCAAGGUCAGACCUCCUGUGAGGGUGCUUCCUGAGGAGCCCAUGACGGGCUACUGGGAGAGGCAUCUGCUGGCUUUGACGAGGGGCCAGAUGGAUAUCUGGAGGUGGGCAGAGGUGAACUCUACGGAGUGGGCGGAGGUGAAGGAGAGCGCCAAGUCUGUUCAACAGGAGUAG